AUGUUGAGAUUAGCUUUUGUGAGGAGUAAUAAUAGGCUACCCAGAAUCGCCAGUUCUACUGCUACCUUUUCAAGAAAUGCUUUAGGUUCAAGCUUGCGUACGUCUUUGACAAGACAAUAUGCAGCUUCAGCCGCAGGUGUUGCGAAGACAUUAGGAUCUGAUGAAGGUCUCUCUAUCGAGACACAUACAGACGUUCAGGCUGCUAACAAGGAACAAUCGAAUAUUCGUACAUCCAGCAACUCUAUUAUGAGUACAGAAGAUGGUAUUAGUUCCGGCACUACCGCUUUGAACCAUGCUUAUAGAGAAAAUACAGGAUAUGGUACUAGACCUAUAUAUCUAGAUAUGCAAGCAACGACACCAACAGACCCUCGUGUCCUGGAUACAAUGUUGAAAUAUUACACAGGGUUAUAUGGUAAUCCACAUUCUAACACACAUUCUUAUGGUUGGGAGACUAAUAAAGCUGUUGAGGCUGCAAGGGAAUAUGUUGCAGAUGUAAUUAACGCUAAUUCAAAGGAAAUCAUUUUUACUUCCGGUGCUACAGAAUCUAAUAAUAUGGUUGUUAAAGGUGUUGCUAGAUUUUACAGUAAGACUAAGAAACAUAUCAUUACCACAAAGACCGAACAUAAAUGUGUUAUAGAGGCCGCUAGAGCAAUGAUGAAUGAAGGCUUCGAGGUCACGUUUUUAAAUGUCGAUGCAAAUGGUCUAGUAGAUUUGAAGGUAUUGGAAGAUGCAAUCAGACCUGAUACUUGUUUAGUAUCAGUGAUGGCUGUCAACAAUGAAAUUGGUGUCAUUCAACCCUUGAAGGAAAUUGGUGCUAUUUGUAAGAAACAUAAAGUAUACUUCCAUACCGACGCAGCUCAAGCAUAUGGUAAGAUUCCAAUUGAUGUGAAUGAAAUGAAUAUCGAUCUUCUAUCGAUCUCUAGUCAUAAGAUCUAUGGUCCAAAGGGUAUUGGUGCCUUAUAUGUUAGAAGAAGACCAAGAGUAAGACUAGAACCACUAUUCUCAGGUGGUGGUCAAGAGAGAGGUUUAAGAUCUGGUACAUUAGCACCACCAAAUGUAGCAGGUUUCGGUGAAGCUGCAAGAAUUAUGAAACAAGAAUACGAAAACGAUAAAAAACAUAUUGAAAGAUUAUCAAAGAAAUUAGUCGAUGGUUUAUUGGCUAAUGACCAUACAAACUUAAAUGGUUCUGCAUUACAUCGUUACCCUGGUUGUAUUAAUGUCUCAUUUGCUUAUGUUGAAGGUGAGUCAUUACUAAUGGCUUUAAGAGACAUUGCAUUGUCUUCUGGUUCUGCAUGUACAUCUGCAUCUUUAGAACCAUCUUACGUUUUGCAUGCUUUAGGUAAGGAUGAUGCCAUGGCCCAUUCUUCUAUUAGAUUUGGUAUCGGUAGAUUUUCUACUGAGGAAGAAGUUGAUUACGUUAUCAAGGCCAUCUCUGAGAGAGUAAAGUUUUUAAGAGAAUUGUCUCCACUAUGGGAAAUGGUCCAAGAAGGUAUUGAUCUGGAUUCUAUCGAAUGGUCAGGCCAUUAA